AUGGUGCAUCCGGACAACAUUGUCGGGGAUGAGUUAGUAGUCCCGGAAGGGGUCAACGUAGAUGCUAAGCCUAACGAGCCGGUUAACGAUGUUAAAACCAUUACCGUUGCAGUGGAUAUUCGACCACAAUUUACAAAUGAUAUGACUUUCGCUUGUCGUGAACAUGUGCUAGAUUGGGUCCGAAAUGAAGCUAGUAAACUUGGAUUUGACAUUGUGAUAUUAAGGUUCGACAAUGGAAGUAGUAGAAGGAAAUCAUUUGUUGUGUUGAAUUGCGAGAGGGGUGAGAAGCAUGUACGAACAAACCGGGUGUUAAAACACGAUGACAUGGGAUCGAGAAAGUGUGCAUGCCCGUUUAAGCUGCGCGUAACUUGUAGGAUUGAUGGAUUGUGUCAUUUUAGUGUCAUAUGUAGAGUUCAUAAUCAUGCAUUGGAAACUAAUCUACACGGGCAUCCAAGUGCGUGUCGGUUGUCUCGCGAAGAGAAGGAUGUUAUUUCUGAAUUACCGACAAUCAAAGUUGCGCCGAGAAACAUACUUGCGAUUUGA